GUUUUUAGGGUUAAAAUGUUUGGAAAAUUAGGUUCUAGAGGGGGUUUAGAUGGGUUGGGGAGUAAUAAGACGACCGAAGAAAAUGAUGUGUUGUGAGAAGGGGGGCCAGAAGAUACGGUUUCGACUAUUAGGUUCUCCAAUAGCUCUGACCUGGAUGUUGACCCUCAAUUUGUCUCUUGCUCAUCUUGGGACGAGACAGUAAAAAUAUGGGAGAUAGGAGCAUCUUCUGGUAGAUUUUCAACAAAACUCUCAGCUGAAAUCUCAAUGGAUGCACCUGUUUUAGGCCAUUGCUGGUCUCCAGAUAAUGCACAUAUUUUUACAGCAUGUACUGAUAAUCAAGUAAAGAUGUGGGACAUCAAUACGAAUUCAAUUAAGCAGGUUGGAGUCCAUGAAUCCUGAGUAAAAGAUGUGUUCUUUUGCGAUCUCAACAACAUUCUAAUCUCAACCGGAUGGGAUGGGCAUAUCAAGUUCUGGGAUUUAAGAUCUUCAACUCCAGCUUUUGACAUUUCUCUCGAACCAUUAAAGAUUUGGUCAUUCUCUUAUUGAUACCCUCUAUUAGUAGGAGCUUUAAGCAAUGGCAUCAUUUUUGUGUCCAACAUGGAGAAUAUUACCAAAAUGGCAGCGACCAAGCCAGACUUGGGAGUCUCCAGCCCUUUGAAGUUUCAGACAAGGCAUGUGGAAGCUUUCCCCGAUGGAAAGGGAUAUGCUGUAUCUUCAAUAGAAGGAAGAUGAGGAAUUAAAAAUAUUGAUUUCAAUGAUCUCAGAGAAAAAUAUCAAACAGACUUCAACUUCAAAUGCCAUAGGAAAAUGAACAAAGAUGCAGAUGUUUAUGCAGUACAUCAAGUUUCGUUUAACCUCAAGCAUCAGACUUUUGCUACUUGUGGAGGAGACGGAUCUUAUUUUAUUUGGGAUAAAGAGCAGAGAAAAAGACUCAAGUCUACUGGAGGAUGUGAUGUCCCCAUCACUGCAUGUAGAAUGAACCCUAGUGGAUCAUUAAUGGCCUAUAGCUUUGGUUAUGAUUGGGCUAAGGGCUACAAUGCUAGAGGAUCAUCUCCAGUCAAACUCUUCCUUCAUCCAACGACAGACAAAGAAAUCAGAAUAUCAUAAUAGCCAGCUUCUACAAAUAAUACAAUUAAGAUCUAGUUUCUA